GUGAGAAAUGCAGAAGCUUCAUAAACGUGGCUCCUCCUCAUGAGAGAGGUGUUUUGUGGCUCUGCAUCGUGGCCGAGUGUCUCUAUAUCUUACUGCUGGCCACCGGAGGAAUCCUCAUGUCCAUCGAGGUGUGCCAUUUUGGAAAUGUCAUCGAAGGACUGAAACUGAAUGCCUUUGCUGCCAUAUUCACAGUCCUGUCAGGUCUUCUCGGGAUGGUAGCACACAUGAUGUUCACUACAGCAUUCCAGCUGACCGUCAGUCUGGGCCUGGAGGACUGGAAACCACAGAACUGGGACUACAGCUGGUCUUAUAUCUUGGCCUGGAGCUCGUUCACCGCCUGCAUGGCCUCCUCAGUCACCACCAUCAACAGAUACACUAAGACUAUUCUGGAGUUCAAACACAAGCAGAGGAACAUUGAGAAGAACCUGAAGAUCAAGCAGAAGCUACUGGACCUGGACUCUCCAGACCAGGUGUGGGACAUGUACAUCAGCUCCGUCCCCAGCACGGCCGAGGAGUUUCUGGACCUGUCCCGUUCUGGACGCAAGCUCUCCGCCAGUUCAGUCUUCCUGGACCUCAAUGACCUGCCGUCUGCACAAGCAGAGGAGUACUGCUGAAGUCUCGCUCUUCUAGCGUCUUUAUCAGAGCCGUGGCCAUGCAAUAAGGUCUCAUGACUGUGCUCUUGCAUAACGUUUGGUUUGAUGUUGUGCUGCCGUCUGAAGGUGAUGCUGUGAGUUUUAGUUCGUUGUUAAUGUGCUGCUGACGUUGUGUGCGUAAGACGUAUUGUGGAGAACUGGGAUGAAUGAACGAUUUGAAUUAAUCGAACCAUUGAAACUGCAUUAGAAACAUUCUGAGAGCUGCCACUGAUUCAGUAGAAACAGUAGAUCUUUUGCUUUAGAAGUCCAAUUACCAAAUCGAUCCGGAGGGUCUUUUAAUGAGACACAGAUUACGUUCCUGAGUGCCUUGGUUUGAGCUAUUGAUCUUGGUUCUUUAACCGUAGCAUGCAAAAGUCCUGGAACGGUUUAUUUUAUAGCCUA